UUGAGGCAUUGGAGAUUGUAUUCAUUGGGGAAGGUUAACGUGAAUUUAUACCGUUUAAAUUGAGAUAAAAAGGAACUUAAAAUGUUGAUGGAUGUGUUGUGAGAACAAGACAUAUUUUUACACGUUAACAUUUGUAGCACAGUUAAUGCCUAGUUCAGUCAUGAAAAACAUGAAAGGUAACAACUGUCUGAAUGGGACAGGGAGCCAGUUUAAUACGUAAUGACAUUCACACGACUCAUGUUUACACCACUUCACAGCGAAACAACACCAACUUAGCUGGUAAUAACCAGGAUAGACCAACAUCACCAGAAAUGGUCUGUGAGUCUUGUAGUGCCAGCUUCAACAUCUUCAACAGGAAGAAACUAUGUAAGGACUGUGGACGCUACUUCUGUGCAAAUUGUGUGAUGCAACUACAACAAAAUGUAAAAAGAUCACAUCGUCAGUGCAAAAAGUGCAACAUUCUGACCACAGGCAACUUCACAAGACAGGACCUCCAGAAAUGGAAGGUGAAGGAUCUCCGGUCAGUGCUCAACAAGCGGAACAUCUCCACUGAAGCGUGUACAGAGAAGCAUGACCUAAUUGACCUCUUAGUCAUCACAUUUGGUGUGGUCAGUCAGGGUAACUCAGGAGAUAGGUCUUCCAGUACAGCCCAAACCACAAUUACAAUAACUGGUAACCGUGGUGACUUACAAGAGCAAGGUUCCACAUCAUCAAGCAGUAGUGAGCAAUCUCCGUCACCGCAAGGAGUUCCUGCUGCAUCCUGGACUGCCGCAAGCUCUGUCCCACCCAACAAUCAACAGCGAUCUCAAUCCCUCCAGGAACCUCAGGCACCACAUGUGGAGGAGCCUCAGCGAUCCCAGUCCCUACAGCAGAAUGAAUCAGAGGCUGCACGUGCGGAACGAUUACGUCAGCGACAGCUGGAAGAAAUGAGGGUGGCAGAGAGACUGAUGGAAGAGAUGCGGCGAGUUGAAAAUGAGCAUCAAGUUCAACAGGAGAGGGCAAAACGAUAUACAUUAGACAAUAUAAAAUCAUUAGAUGACAUAGAAACACUAACUGUCCGACAAAUGAAAGAGGUACUGGUGAACAACUUUGUAGAUUACAAAGGCUGUGUAGAGAAAACAGAACUACAACAAAAGGUCACCCGACUGUGGAAAGAACACCAAAAUAACAAACAAAAAACACAAGAAAUCAUAAAUGCAUCAGAAAAUGCACCAGGAGGAAUAGCUACAUCAGCUGAAGAUGAACUCUGUAAGAUUUGUAUGGAUGCGGCCAUUAACUGUGUACUUCUAGAGUGUGGACACAUGGUUACAUGUACACAAUGUGGGCGUCGCCUUGCAGAAUGUCCAAUCUGUCGACAGAAUGUUGUACGAGCUGUCCACAUAUUUAGGAGUUAACAAUAAUGUGUUUGUGGUCUUGUGUAUUUUACUGUGGCACAAUGCUUAGAGGGCCAGAGACCAUGUGAUAUCCAUUCAUUCAUACUGAACGACCAAAAAUAAACUUGAAAAUAGUCCCAUUACCGUGGUGCCAUAUAUAUUUAUAUUUUUUGAAGGAUUUGAUAUUCUGUAUUCAUUCACUCCUAACAGAUUUUCCAGAGCAUGGAUAUUUACAUGUACUUUCAACACAUAAACAUGAGUGGUCUUUGUUAUUUUAAUGUACAGUCUAUAAUUUCACUCACUCAGUGUGUGUUUUAUAUGAGAUUAUACAGAGUGACUCUAUUUACACUUUGUUGCAUUUCCGAGUUAAUUUUUGAUGUGAUAUACCAGUAUUAUAUGCAUUAUUUUAUGAAAGGUAUAUGAAAUGUAGACACAUAUUGUAUGCUAGUGAGCAAGUGCAAAUGACAUUGUCUUAACUUCUACGAGAUACAAAAUUGUUGAAUUUUGCAAAUUUAUAAUAUCAUGCUGUAGGCUGGUUAUAUAUCAUUUCCGAAAAUAAACUGUCUCUGAAUACAGUA